UAUUAUUAUUAUUCUACUUUUAUGACUACACCGAAUGACCAACGGGUGUUAGGUCAAACUCCAUUCACGGCAGCAGCUGAGUCCUAACAUACUGCACACUACAAACCACAAUCUUGACCAAUCCUCGCACCACUCCUCUUGGAGUCUACCAGAGCUAAAGCAGUCGAGUGGCGGGAUUUACUACGCAUAAGUUCACCGAAGAUCUGGAACCUCUACCUUACAAUCAAUAAGCGAGCUCAAAGAAAUCACUGGUUUAUACUAGCUCGUAAUCAGGAUAUUGGAUAUUGAACGUGAUAUUUAAGGUCAGCCUAAAAACGAUAUUGGAAAUUGAACUUCAGAAUUGUGGUUGGUAGGGUUUUUGCGUUGCCUUGAAAGCACUUGUCCAACAGGAUUUGCAUUUACCGCGCACUGGGAUGUUGCCGUUUGAGCCAAUUAGCCGAGUUACUGUCGUAAGUACACUUCAAAGUUUCACUGCAUGCAUUUUCUUUUUUGUGGCGUUCAAUUUUGUUUGAUGGAGUUUUACAAAGGUGUAAUACUUUGGACCUCUCGUGAAGUUAUUAGCCAACUAGUUCUUUAGGAGAACUGUGGUGCUUUCAGUUAAAUCCAUGAAAUGUUAUCGGCGCACUUAAAGACUCACAAUGUAUCUGCUUAAAGCACAAUCGGUAGGUUUAUCAAAAUGUUUCAUCUCUUAUUGGCUGGAUGAACAUGGUGAAAUGUCUGGGACCACGUCUAGUUAUAUUUUUCAAAACAUUUGCCUUAUUCUACGUUCUCUAUCCAAAACAUGAAUCAACUAUUGGUUAUUGUCUAUUCAAAUGUGCACCAAUUUUAUCACUUAUUGGUUUUGUUUAUAUGUAUGGCGUGAAAUCCUCUCUGUCGAAACAAGAUUAUGCUAUGAAAAUUUUACUUGGUCUAGUAUUUUCUUGUCUAGGUGAUGCAUGUUUAGUAUGGCCUAAAUAUUUUCUCCCCGGGAUGGGUUUCUUUGCUAUUACGCAUAUCUUAUAUAUUCAUGCAUUUGGUAUUCGACCAUUAAAGUUAUUCAUAUUAUUCGCUUUACUUCCAUCGCUUAUAUUUAUCUGUAUCUAUGUAAGAGAAGGUUUUAAUCUUCUCACUGGACUAGUAUGUCCUGCCUAUGGCCUACUAUUAGUCUUGAUGAUGUGGCGUGCUGUAGCUCAACUAUACAAACAUGAAUAUUCCAUCCCGUGGACAUCGAUAUCCUGUGCACUAGGCGGUUUAUUAUUCGGUCUAUCAGAUAGUUUAUUAGCUGUGAGUAUAUUUGCCCAGGAGAAAUCACUUCUGUCUACAUUGAUUUUACCAACUUAUUAUGCUGGACAAUUGUUAAUCGCUGUCUCUGUUGUCGACAGUCAACUAACAUCACUUAAAGCGAAUCAAACUGAUGUAAAAAGAGAAUAG